ACACGACGAACGGAGGAAAAACCCUCCCGGAUUCAGUCGUGUUUUUGCUGUAGAGAGAUUUAGAGUUAACAAAUCGCUGGACUGUUGGUUUAUGAGCAGCAGGACCUCCACCUGAGGAAUACAACCGACUGACAGAGUGACCGAAACAGACAGCGUGAGUGAGAGCGAGAGAGGAAGGACUCACAAAACACACAAGACCCCACAGUGUUUUCAGUUUGUUUUUAGGAUCAGAACCGAGGCCAAAUAUGGGUAACGAGACGUCCCUACCGAUGGACAUGUGCUCCAACUUCGAUGCGGAUGAGAUCCGGCGAUUGGGCAAGCGUUUCCGGAAGCUAGAUCUGGACAAUUCGGGAGCCCUGAGCAUCGACGAGUUCAUGUCGCUGCCGGAGCUGCAGCAGAAUCCGCUGGUGCAGCGCGUCAUAGACAUUUUCGAUGCGGAUGGCAACGGCGAGGUGGACUUCAAGGAGUUCAUCCAGGGCGUCUCACAGUUUAGUGUGCGCGGCGAUAAGCUGUCCAAGCUGCGCUUUGCCUUUCGCAUCUAUGACAUGGACAACGACGGCUACAUCUCCAAUGGGGAGCUGUUCCAGGUGCUCAAGAUGAUGGUCGGCAACAAUCUGAAGGACACACAGCUGCAGCAGAUUGUCGACAAGACCAUUUGCUUUGCCGACAAGGACGAGGACGGCAAGAUAUCCUUCGAUGAGUUCUGCUCGGUGGUGGGCAACACCGAUAUUCAUAAGAAAAUGGUUGUCGAUGUCUAAA